AUGCCGCUGUGGCUGGACAAAACUCAGUACACGCCUGUAUCUAACGGAGAUGCUGAUUCUUCAUCAAGAGAAUCUCUGUCAUUUCCUGAUACAUCUUCCUUCAGACAGAAUGUUGGAAGGAUCCGCUUCGUCUGGAUUCACGGGGUCCUCGGAGUGUUUUGGAUAAUUGCAUUCUCUUCACUGCUCUUUCUGAGAAGUAGACCACAGGCAGACACCCUAAGCUAUCCAGAUCUCACGAGUCCUCUAUACCCGGCCCUUUCAUACAGCGAGACGCACUUCACAUCAGGCUUCACGCCUGACUUGUCAGCAUACCAAGGCAAACCCAACGAAACCAACAAUGCGCACUGGGAUAAACUCACACACCCCGGCAUGGUCGCCCUGACGGAGCAAGAACAUGCCAAACUCCCCUCAAAAAGCUCCCUCUUCAUCGAUGAUCAUACUCGAGAAUCAGAUCCUCCGCUAUACGUCGGCGCAGUAGAAGUAUUUCAUCAGCUGCAUUGCUUGGAUAUGCUUCGUAUGCAGGCGUACGCGCAUCUCGAACAUUGUAUUGACUAUAUUCGUCAGUCAAUGAUGUGCAGGCCGAGCCUUGACAUUUUGCCUUUCCGAACAGACUCUGAGGGUCUCCUGCGACCUGUGUUUAAUGGAAGCAGAACAUGUGCAAACUUUGACAAAGUUCGUGACUGGGCCAUCAAAAGAAAAGCUGGCAAUUUGUCACCUCAGUGA